GUCAACACCACCCGGAGAGGGGAAAUCUGCUGUGUUACUGUGUCACUGUGUGACGCGGGCGCGGUCUUCCGCUUGGAGGCCUCCCAGAUUGAGAACUCUUGAGUUGAUUUCCCCCUAAAGACACAUUGCUUUCACGUCAGUGUCACAGCACCAGGAGAUCCAUCGGAAGCCAUGGAAAUACAUUGGCUAUAAGGGAUACGCAGACUUCAUCGCGUCGGAUAAUGACUUCUUCACUCUUCGACGGUUUGAUACCUUGAACGCCCGGGUGGCUCUUAUGCUGCAGGACGAGAUCUCCGAGCUCGAAGAGGAGCUCGAGGUGAUGGAUAGGAAAUACAGCGGUAGAAAUGCAGAGGAUUCGCACAACGGAACCUUCAGAGGAGAUGUACAGGAGGACCGUUCACUGCUCGUCAAAGCCAUAGCGAAGAAGUUCUCUUCGACUACGAACGCUGGCGCUCUGGAGGCACAGGGAGGCGACAUCCCCAGCUACGACGCUGGAGAGCUGGCCUACUACUCUGACGCACGGAUGAACCGAUUCCUGUCGGCGAUAAUCACAGCCAUAGGCGUGACGAUGCUUAUCACGCCCAUCUGGGUCCUCCAGGCAAUUGAUAACCUCCGGGUGAAGCUGGUUAUCAUCACUGUCUUUAUUUUUCGUAUUUCUCAUCGUCUUGUCCUUUGCCAUGGUUACCAAGCCUUUCGAAGCCUUGGGGGCGACAGCAGCACCACCAGCGACUCGUCCUGCUCUCCCCUAAGCGACCUCCACCACCUCGACUGCCUGGUGAGCUCUCCGUCCUCGACUCCUCGCCACCAACAACGGACUACCACUUCGAGGCCCGGCACAAUCUUCGUCACCGGUGCCAACUCAGGCAUUGGCCUCGCAACAACCAAGCUCUUUCUUUCCAAGGGCUUCGAUGUCGUUGCGACGGCGAGAGCACCGUCUGCCGCGGCCGACCUUCAGGAGCUCCUGAGGAACAACGAGACUCCGCUCUUGGUGGUCGCUCUCGAUCUUCUGAACCCGGAGACCUUUCAACCGGCACUUGAUGCGGCCGUAGCGAGGUUCGGCAAGGUCGAUAUCCUUGUGAACAAUGCAGGGUAUGGGGAUUUCGGUCCCAUGGAAGCUUUGCACAUGGAAGACUAUCGCCGGCAGUUCGAGGUCAAUGUUGUCGGCCCUAUUGGCCUGACGAAGACCUUUCUUCCUCAUUUCCUGGCCACGGGGAGCCGCGACUCCCCUCCCGUUGUCAUCUACGUGAGCUCGGGAGGUGCUCAUUUCGGGUUGCCGCUGUCAAGCGCAUACAUGGCAAGCAAGGCAGCCCUAAACCUGUUCGCUGAGUCCGUCUCGUACGAACUUGGAGCUAUCAGCCCGCCUGUAACCGUCAAACUGGUCGUCGUACACGGUGGUGUCCGGUCAACAAACUUUCUUGCUAGUAGCAACUCCGCCCGGGCCAGAAGCAAUGCUGGUGGUAAUUCCGCUGCCGACAACAACAGUGUGGCCGUUCAAGAACGGUACGGUGCCUACACAGCGAAGGUUCUCGAACGGUUCGCGCCGCUCGCCGCUGGCAGCAUGGCAGUUGAGGAUCCAGCACAGACAAUCCUUGGAGCGGCUACGGAUGGGAAGACGAAGCUGAGGUACCUCAGACGUGGGAAGGACGGUGGCCGGAACCUGUUAGCGAGGAUGGAAGGCAUGAAGGAAGGUGAGGGUCCCGACGACGCCGAUGAGAGGUACAUGGAGAAGAUGAUAUCUUUUUUCGCUUGAGGUAAUUACCUACCUCAGGUAAUUAGUCAACCCUAGGACGCUUUGUGUCACGAAGCACUGCUUCGCUAUUCAGUCCCGUACCCGUAGAAGAAAGACUGGACGAGUGACUGUACUGCGCUGUUGUCCGCAUAUUUGCCGGUUGCUUAUUAUGGCUCAUAUCUGUCGAAGCAUACCUAGGGUGUUUACGAGUCUGUCGUAUAUUUCCUCGUCUUCAUUCGCGUUUGGAUGCACUGAUUAUGAAACAGCAAAUCCAGUUUCCGCUUCCAUUCCCAUCACCAAGGUAGCUGGGUGCGUAGCAUCUCUG